UAAAUAGGGAAAGGAGGGCGCAGAAGAGAUGGCGGCCGGACGGUCAAAAGUCAGCAUAAUUCGAGACGGAUAGAGGCCUCUACUCGUCGUCUCGGAGUGCGAAUCCCUCUCUCUCUCCCUUCCUCGUACAGAUUGAGGGCAGCGGUGGGGCAGUUACUUCUGAAGGGAGUGGUGGCUUUUUGAGGAAAGCGUGUGUUUUUCGCCUUUUCAGUUUGAGCUUUUGAACAGGGAAGAGAAUGAACUAAACCGUUAAGGCGGAUUGUCGAUCUCGAAGAAAUUGUGUUUCGGCUUGAGUGAGAGGAAUUACGGAACUAGGAGACGGAAUUUGAGGAGAAGGACGCGAAUAUUCGUGGAGAAGUCGUCUUAUCGGCGGAGUGAGUAGGGACUUCGACCCAAUUCUGCGAAACAACAGGGGAUCUUGAGUGAAGAGAACCUAAACCAGCGUAAAUUCUGUACCUUCGAGUUUUACGAGAAGGGCAGUGAUCGGAUCGGCCGAAUCGGUGUCAAAGAGAAGAAGGGUUCGAGGUUUUCUGGAUACGAUUUUUCCGGAAAGUUCUCGACAACAGAAAUCCAAUACAGUAGAAGUUUGAGAAGAAAUCCCCAAAGCCGAAAAAGGUAAUCUCUUCGAGGACAGGCUUGCAAGGAAAAGACCUAGAGUUUGCGGUAUUAAAUUAAGAUCUUUCCCAAGGAAUAGAAGGAAGCAGAAAAUCAAGGAUCACUGAGAUUCACAAGUUCCCAAAAUUCCAAGCGGAAGGAUAAGCAGGAGAACCUGUUGAUGAAAAUUAGAAGUUCUGUAGCACAGGAAGCAAGCGCGGUUUGAUUCUUGAGUUCGAUACGAACGUUUUCUAAUGGGGAAAGGAGGAGGCUGCGUUCCAAGCAAGAAGCACUUUCCGUCUGUUACUUCUGAGGGGGUUCAGCACUCUGCAAGAGAAGCACCGGUCGAAGCCAGGAGCCACAGCGGGCCUUCUGUUGAAGAAGUUACCCCAUCCUUCGAAGAUGCAUCUUCUUCACCCGUUGCCAACGCUCAGAAGCUGAAGAUCUUCAUAGUGUUCUAUUCCAUGUAUGGUCAUGUGGAGCAGUUAGCGAGGAGGAUGAAGAAAGGUGUAGAUGGAAUGGAGGGUGUUGAAGGGCUGCUUUUUCGUGUUCCAGAAACAUUGCCUCCUGACGUACUGGAGCAGAUGAAGGUACCUCCGAAAGACAACGAUAUCCCUAUUAUAAGUGCAGCAGAAUUGGCUGCUGCUGACGGGAUAUUGUUCGGGUUCCCCACCAGGUAUGGGUGCAUGGCUGCACAAAUGAAGGCUUUCUUUGAUUCAACAGGACAAUUGUGGAAAGAGCAGAAGCUGGCAGGGAAGCCAGCAGGAUUCUUUGUCAGCACUGGUACACAAGGAGGCGGCCAAGAAACUACUGCUUGGACCGCUAUCACACAACUUUGUCAUCAUGGGAUGCUUUUUGUUCCAAUUGGAUACACUUUUGGCGCUGGGAUGUUCAAGAUGGACAGUGUCCGUGGUGGUUCUCCUUACGGUGCAGGCGUGUUUGCUGGUGACAGCACAAGGGAGGCAAGCGAGACCGAGCUAGCACUAGCAGAGCACCAGGGAAAAUACAUGGCUGGAGUGGUGAAGAGACUUGCAUUAGCUUAAACACAGUGGAAGAUCAGUUUCUUCCACCUAGAGUGGGAUUGAUCAUGCUGCACACUUCUUCUCAAUGAACUUAAAAUGAUGAUUCGUUGGAGCUGUGUUUUGAGAAAGAAUGUUCAACUGGGAACUUUUCUGUCAGACCUGAAGAUUAUUUGUACUUUGCAUUCCUGCCUUUUGCUUUGUCUUCAUUUUUUCUUUUUCCCUCUCAUAUUGAGUUUCAUUCUUAUUUCCUAAGGUCCUGUUUGUGAUUGGGUUUAUUGCUACACUGUAUAUGAUUAUCAUCAGUAAUUCUUUUGAUGGCUGUGCAA